GAUCUGCCCCUUGGGGUCACGUUCCACUGUCACUGCUGCACCUGCAUUUUACAGGUGGGAAAAUGAAGGCCUAGCAGGGGGUAGAUAACUUGCCCAGGAUCUUGCAACCAGUAAGUCAUGAAAUCAGAUUUCGCAUCCAGGCAGCCUAUCUUCAGAACCCCAAUUCUUAACCCCUUUGAUAAUAUCUAAAGAGCCUAACAAGGUGCAUGGUACCUUGUGAGUGCUUAAAAUUGGUGACGGUCUUCACCGUUGUCAUUGUCAUUGCUGUUUUUUCCAGAACCCAGUUUUGAGAAUGCCCAGCAUCCUGACCCCUCCUUAAUAGGAGUCCCUACCUGAAGCGUGGGAAUCAGCCAUGCCCAUCUGCCCUACAGGCAGGUUAAGGGGGCACCCGUUCUCUGCACUCGCUCUCCACAUCCUGGUCUCUGCCUGCCGACCACACAUUUCCCUUCCUGUGUCCUAUUGUCACCCCUGUUUCCUGCCCCUGUCUUGGUACUGCUGACUCUCUGCUCUGUGGGCUGGGACCUUGGACCCAUUUCAUCUGCACAUCCUGUCGGCCAUCCCUUUGAAGUGUCCUGCCAUCUCUGUACAGCUGGCUUGCUCCAAGCACCAUCGUUCCGUGUCUGGAUUACUUGCACAGCUUCGCUCCAGCCCCCUGCAAUCCAUCCUGCUCAUGGUGCCUGGAAAAUCAUCCUUCAGUCUGACUGUGUGCCAGCCACGUAGUGGGUGUUCAGUGUGGUUGUUAGCUGGUUGAAUAAAUGAAGUGGAUUGAGUAGAGAAGAUGCAGGUAGAGCUCAAGACAGCAGCAAAUGAUGCCCAGAAUUAACCACCUCCAUGAAGGGGCUGGGGACCGAUGAGGACUCCCUCAUUGAGAUCAUCUGCUCAAGGACCAACCAGGAGCUCCAGGAAAUCAACAGAGUCUACAAGGAAAUGUACAAGACCGAUCUGGAGAAGGAUAUCAUUUCCGACACAUCUGGUGACUUCCGCAAGCUGAUGAUUGCCCUCGCGAAGGGUCAAAGAGCAGAGGAUGGCUAUGUCAUUGAUUAUGAACUGACUGACCAAGAAGCCUGGGAUCUCCGUGUUGCUGGCAUGAAGAGGAGAGGAACUAAUGUUCCCAAGUGGAUGAGCAUCAUGACCGAGCAGAGUGUGUGCCACCUCCAGAAAGUAUUUGAAAGGUACAAGAGCUACAGCCCUUAUGACAUGCUGGAGAGCAUCAAGAAGGAGGUCAGAGGAGGCCUGGAAAAUGCCUUCCUGAACCGAGUCCAGUGCAUUCAGAACAAGCCCCUGUACUUUGCUGACAGACUGUACGACUCCAUGAAGGGCAGGGGCACUCGCGAUAAGGUCCUGAUUAGAAUCAUGACCUCCCACAGUGAAGUGGACAUGUUGAAAAUUAGAUCCGAAUUCAAGAAAAAGUAUGGAGAGUCCCUGUACUAUUACAUUCAGCAAGACACCAAAGGCGACUACCAGAAAGCGCUGCUGUACCUGUGUGGUAGGGAUGACUGAAGCCCGCGAUGGCCCAAGGGUCCAGGACGGCUGCUCCGCGCUCCCAGCUAACAGUUCUACACAGUCGGCUUGUGGCUAACAGUCCCCUUGUGCCCAUCCCUGGGAGGAUGACGUUAGCACUGCCCACCCCACCCGCUCCAUCCUUAGUUUAGUUGCCUAAGCAUUACCUGGCUUUCCAAUCUAGUCUCUCUUUAUAGUCAAAGAAAUGAACAUUCCCAGGAGUUGGAAGUGAAAUCUAUGAUGUGAAACACUUUGCCUUCUGAGUACUGUGUUGUAAACAGAUGAAUAAACUGAAUUUUUACUUUGGGGAAAAAAAAAAUAAAGGUAAUAAAAAAGAGUUCACCUUCAUCAGGCACCUUAAUUGCAUUACCUCAGGAAUUUGCCAUUUUCCUUCUCUCUGUUGUAUUGUAGGGGCCCUGAUCACCUUAACAACCCACAGAACUUCAUGAGUAUCUAUUAUAUAGAUGACAUUAUGCUAACCGGCUCUGGUGAAAUAGCAAGGACCACACAUGGCACAUGCUUGCCAGAGGGUGAGAGAAAACCCCUACGGAAGUCCAGGAGCCUGCCAUAUUGGAGAACUUUCUAGGGUUCCAGCAGUCGGGGGCAUGUUGGGAUAUUCCCUCUUAGGUGAGAAACCUUGCUUUUCCUUGCAUCAUCCAUCACGAAGAAAGAGGCUCCAUGGGUGAUGGGCCUCUUUGGGUUUUUGAGGCAAUGUGGAGCACAUUUGUGUGUGCCACUCUGCUGCAUUUACUGGGUACGUCAUAAGGCUGCUGGUUUGGAAUGGGACCCAGAGCAAUCAAGGGCUCUAGAACGGUUCAGGCUGUGACGAAAGCUACCUGACCAAUUGAGCCUUAAGACCCAGCAGACCCAAUGGUACAGGAAGUGUCUGUGGCAGAUAAAGAUGCUGUCGGGAGCUUCUGACUUUCCCCAGUAGGAGAAUCAGAGUGCUGACCCAACUGCAGUAAGAUUGGAAGAGAGGACUCAAGGCAGUCUUGCGGAGAUGUAUGUAGAAGGAUGUCUUCGAAGGAGCCCUGAAUGUGAAGAUAUUCAUGUGCCACCUAAAUACCUAUCAAAAGGUAUCCAUUGCAGAGAAGGCUGUCAAUAAUCAGGUGGACACGAUGACCCAACCUGGGGAUGCCUUCCCCUCUCCACUCUGGUGUGUUCUCAGUGGUACUGUGAACAAAGUGACCGUAGUGGAAGGGAUGGAGGCUGUACAUGGGUUUAACAACAUGGGCUUUCCCUCACUAAGGCUCGCCUGGUUGGUUUCCAUCACUUCUGGAUAUGCACCCUGCCCAGGAUGAAGCCAAUGCCCAGCCCCUGAUACACGGCAUCCUUCCCCAGGGAUGGGUCGUGCGAGACAGGCCAGCCACCACUGGCAAGUUGAUUACACUGGACCCCUUCUAUUAUGGAGGGUGGGGGAAUAGAUUCGUAUUCUGCAUACGGAUUAGCUACCUCUGCCCUCCUCGCCGUUUGUGGUGUUUCAUUUAUCUCAGCGUAUCUCACAAACAUGACCUUCAACCAGACAACCCAUUUGUUUCUUGUUUGUUUGUUUUUUAAAGUUUUUU